CAUGGGGCCGGGUGAGCGCUGAGAGUCACGGCCGCAGCCAUCAGCCCUGGAGAUGACCAGGAGCGGCCACUGCUGAGAACUAUGUGGAGAGAGGCUGCGAGCCCUGCUGCAGAGCCUCCGGCUGGGAUAGCCGCCCCCCGUGGGGGCGAUGCGGACAGCGCGGGACAGCCAGGGGAGCGCGCGGGGGCCGCAGCAUGCGGGAACCCGCUAAACCCGGUGGCUGCUGAGGCGGCCGAGAUGCUCGUGCGCGCAGCGCGCCCCACUGCAUCCUCGACCUUCUCCGGCUACAGGGACCGUAAGUGGCGACUAUGGGCAGACUGGGCUAUUGGACCUGGCUGGUGCUGCCGGCCCUUCUGGUCUGGCGCGGUCCGGCGCAGGGCGCGGCGGCGGAGAAGGGUCCCCCGGCGCUGAACAUUGCGGUGCUGCUGGGUCACAGCCACGACGUGACAGAGCGCGAACUUCGAAACCUGUGGGGCCCCGAGCAGGCAGCGGGGCUGCCCCUGGACGUGAACGUGGUAGCCUUGCUGAUGAACCGCACCGACCCCAAGAGCCUCAUCACGCACGUGUGCGACCUCAUGUCCGGGGCGCGAAUCCACGGCCUGGUGUUUGGGGACGACACCGACCAAGAGGCUGUGGCCCAGGUGCUGGAUUUUAUCUCCUCACAGACUUUCAUCCCCAUCCUGGGCAUCCACGGGGGCGCAUCUAUGAUCAUGGCCGACAAGGACCCGACGUCCACCUUCUUCCAGUUUGGAGCGUCCAUCCAGCAGCAAGCCACGGUCAUGCUCAAGAUCAUGCAGGACUACGACUGGCACGUCUUCUCCCUGGUGACCACCAUCUUCCCUGGCUACAGGGACUUCAUCAGCUUCAUCAAGACCACAGUGGACAACAGCUUCGUGGGCUGGGACAUGCAGAACGUGAUCACGCUGGACACGUCCUUCGAGGACGCCAAGACGCAAGUCCAGCUGAAGAAGAUCCACUCCUCCGUCAUCCUGCUCUACUGCUCCAAAGACGAGGCCGUCCUCAUCCUGAGCGAGGCCCGCUCCCUGGGCCUCACGGGCUAUGACUUCUUCUGGAUUGUCCCCAGCUUGGUCUCUGGGAACACGGAGCUCAUCCCCAAAGAGUUUCCAUCGGGACUCAUCUCCGUCUCCUACGACGACUGGGACUACAGCCUGGAGGCGAGGGUGAGGGACGGUCUGGGCAUCCUGACCACCGCGGCGUCCUCCAUGUUGGACAAGUUCUCCUACAUCCCCGAGGCCAAGGCCAGCUGCUACGGGCAGACGGAGAAGCCGGAGACCCCGACUCACACUCUGCACCAAUUUAUGGUCAAUGUGACGUGGGACGGCAAAGACUUGUCCUUCACGGAGCAGGGCUAUCAGGUGCACCCCAGGCUGGUGGUGAUCGUGCUGAACAAAGACCGAGAGUGGGAGAAGGUGGGGAAGUGGGAGAACCAGAGCCUGAGCCUGCGGCACGCCGUGUGGCCCAGGUACAAGUCCUUCUCCGACUGCGAGCCGGACGACAACCACCUGAGCAUCGUGACCCUGGAGGAGGCCCCCUUUGUCAUCGUGGAGGACAUAGACCCGCUGACAGAGACGUGCGUGAGGAACACGGUGCCCUGCCGGAAGUUCGUCAAGAUCAACAAUUCCACCAACGAGGGGAUGAAUGUCAAAAAGUGCUGCAAGGGGUUCUGCAUCGACAUCCUGAAGAAGCUCUCGCGGACCGUGAAGUUCACCUAUGACCUCUACCUGGUCACCAACGGGAAGCACGGCAAGAAAGUCAACAACGUGUGGAACGGGAUGAUCGGGGAGGUGGUCUACCAGCGAGCAGUCAUGGCGGUGGGCUCACUGACCAUCAACGAGGAGCGCUCAGAGGUGGUGGACUUCUCCGUGCCCUUCGUGGAGACGGGGAUCAGCGUCAUGGUGUCCAGGAGCAACGGCACCGUGUCCCCCUCUGCCUUCCUAGAGCCCUUCAGCGCCUCGGUCUGGGUGAUGAUGUUCGUGAUGCUGCUCAUCGUCUCUGCCAUCGCCGUGUUUGUCUUUGAGUACUUCAGUCCUGUUGGCUACAACAGAAACCUGGCCAAAGGGAAAGCGCCCCACGGGCCUUCCUUCACCAUCGGGAAGGCCAUCUGGCUCCUCUGGGGCCUGGUGUUCAACAACUCUGUGCCUGUCCAGAACCCUAAAGGCACCACCAGCAAGAUCAUGGUGUCCGUGUGGGCCUUCUUUGCCGUCAUCUUCCUGGCCAGUUACACAGCCAAUCUGGCUGCUUUCAUGAUCCAGGAGGAGUUUGUGGACCAAGUAACAGGACUCAGUGACAAGAAGUUUCAGAGACCUCAUGAUUAUUCUCCACCUUUUCGAUUUGGGACGGUGCCUAAUGGAAGCACGGAGAGAAACAUCCGGAAUAACUACCCCUACAUGCACCAGUACAUGACCAAGUUCAACCAGAAAGGGGUCGAGGACGCCCUGGUCAGCUUGAAGACGGGGAAGCUGGACGCCUUCAUCUACGACGCCGCUGUCUUGAAUUACAAGGCCGGGAGAGACGAGGGCUGCAAGCUGGUGACCAUCGGGAGCGGCUACAUCUUUGCCACCACUGGCUACGGCAUCGCCCUCCAGAAGGGCUCACCCUGGAAGAGGCAGAUCGACCUGGCCCUGCUGCAGUUCGUGGGUGAUGGGGAGAUGGAGGAGCUGGAGACCCUGUGGCUCACGGGGAUCUGCCACAACGAGAAGAACGAGGUGAUGAGCAGCCAGCUGGACAUCGACAACAUGGCGGGAGUGUUCUACAUGCUGGCCGCCGCCAUGGCCCUCAGCCUCAUCACCUUCAUCUGGGAGCACCUCUUCUACUGGAAGCUGCGCUUCUGCUUCACGGGCGUGUGCUCGGACCGGCCCGGGCUGCUCUUCUCCAUCAGCAGGGGCAUCUACAGCUGCAUUCAUGGAGUGCACAUCGAAGAGAAGAAGAAAUCCCCAGACUUCAGCCUGACGGGGUCCCAGAGCAACAUGCUGAAGCUCCUUCGGUCGGCCAAGAACACGUCCAACAUGUCCAACAUGAACUCCAGACUGGACUCACCCAAAAGAGCCCCGGACUUCGCCCAGAGAGGGUCCCUCAUCAUGGACAUGGUCUCAGACAAGGGGAACCUCAUCUACUCGGACAACAGGUCCUUCCAGGGCAAGGACAGCAUCUUUGGGGACAACAUGAAUGAGCUCCAAACGUUCGUCGCCAACAGGCACAAGGAUAACCUCAACAACUACGUGUUCCAAGGCCAGCACCCUCUCACCCUCAACGAGUCCAACCCCAACACGGUGGAGGUGGCCGUGAGCACAGAGUCCAAGGGCAACUCCAGGCCCCGGCAGCUGUGGAAGAAGUCCAUGGAGUCCCUGCGCCAGGACUCUCUGAGCCAGAACCCCGUGUCCCACAGGGAMGAGGGGACCACCGUGGAGAAUAGGACCCACUCCCUAAAGAGCCCCCGGUACCUUCCGGAGGAGGUGGCCCACUCGGACAUCUCCGAAGCGUCCAGCCGUGCCACGUGCCACCGGGAGCUGGACAACAACAAGAGCCACAAAACCAAGGACAACUUCAAGAGGUCCCUGGCCUCCAAGUUCCCCCAGGACUGCGGCGAGGUGGAGCGCACCUACCUGAAGACCAAGGCGGGCUCGCCCAGGGACAAGAUCUACACCAUCGACGGGGAGAAGGAGCCCAGCUUCCACCUGGACCCGCCCCAGUUCGUGGAAAACCUGGCCCUCCCGGAGAACGUGGGCUUCCCGGACACCUACCAGGAUCACAGCGACAACUUCCACAAGGCGGACUCCACGCUGCCCCUGAACCGCAACCCGCUGCGCAACGAAGACGCGCUUCCCAACAACGACCACCAGUACAAGCUCUACGCCAAGCACUUCACCCUCAAAGACAAGGGGUCCCCCCACAGCGAGGGCAGCGACCGCUACCGCCAGGGCUCCACCCACUGCAGGAGCUGCCUCUCCAACCUGCCCACCUACUCCGGCCAUUUCACCAUGAGGUCCCCCUUCAAGUGCGACGCCUGCCUGCGGAUGGGCAACCUCUACGACAUCGACGAAGACCAGAUGCUGCAGGAGACGGGGAACCCCGCGCCCCGGGAGGAGGUCUACCAGCAGGACUGGGCGCAGAACAACGCUCUCCAGUUCCAGAAGAGCAAACUGAGGAUCAGCCGCCAGCACUCCUACGACAACAUCCUGGAUAAGCCCAGGGAGAUGGACCUGGGCCGGCCCUCCCGGAGCAUAAGCCUCAAGGACAGGGAGCGGCUUCUGGAGGGCAACUUGUACGGGAGCCUCUUCAGCGUCCCCUCCAGCAGACUCUCGGGGAACAAGAGCUCCCUCUUCCCCCAGGGUCUGGAGGGCAGCAAGAGGAGCCAGUCUCUGCUGCCAGACCACACCUCCGACAACCCCUUCCUGCACUCCCACGCGGAUGACCAGCGCCUCGUUAUCGGGAGAUGCCCCUCGGACCCCUAUAAACACUCRUUGCCCUCGCAGGCCGUGAACGACAGCUACCUUCGAUCGUCCCUGAGGUCCACGGCAUCGUACUGCUCCAGGGACAGUCGGGGCCACAGCGAUGUGUAUAUUUCGGAGCAUGUUCUGCCUUAUGCUGCAAAUAAGAACAAUAUGUACUCUACCCCCAGGGUUUUAAAUUCCUGCAGCAAUAGACGCGUGUACAAGAAAAUGCCUAGUAUCGAAUCUGAUGUUUAAACUCUCCCAUUACUGUUUUAUCACAGGGAAACACGGAGUGGCGCGCGCUCUGGAGGUGAAUGUGGUCGUCCGACAGUGCCCUGCAAGGAGGA